UAACACCAUACUUAAGUGUGCUCGCAAAGAAUGCGCUAAAAUAAGCCAAAACACACACACACUCUAGGAUAAACCACAAUGGCGCAUACAUCUAGUACCGGCGUUGUGGUGCCACGAAAUUUUCGCCUUCUGGAGGAGCUGGAUCAGGGCCAGAAAGGCGUGGGCGAUGGCACCAUUUCGUGGGGUCUAGAGAACGACGAUGAUAUGACACUCACCUAUUGGAUUGGCAUGAUCAUUGGCCCCCCUAGAACACCAUUCGAGAAUCGAAUGUAUUCUCUAAAGAUUGAGUGCGGCGAACGCUAUCCGGAUGAGCCACCAACGCUCAGAUUUUUAACAAAAGUUAAUAUUAAUUGCAUUAAUCAGAAUAAUGGCGUGGUUGAUCAUAGAUCAGUGCCCAUGUUGUCCAGAUGGAGUCGCGAGUACACCAUUAAAACGAUGCUUCAGGAAAUACGUAGAAUUAUGACCAUGAAAGAGAACUUGAAAUUGGCACAACCGCCAGAAGGUAGCUGUUUUUAGUCGGCAACAACAACAGCAACAACAACCUACAACCACAACAGCAACAACAACAGCAGCAGCAGCAACACAACUAUAUCACACACAACUGCAACAGCAACAACAACAACCACACAACCGACAUCCAACUGAAUGUGGGAGCGUGUGGUAGAGAUAGAGCGCGUGCCCGCCAUGGUAAGACGCCUCAAUCCUCGAGAGUUGUGUGUGGUAAUGUCAGAGCGAAUGGAGAGGUUUACAGAAGAAGCAGUUGGAGGAGUCAAGGAGCUGCAUUGUUGUUGUUGUUGUUGUACUUCUUGAAUGUGUGUGUGUGUGCUCAGCAGCAACAAGAACUAAAGCAAAAUAUACUAUAAGUGUAAACAACAACAGCAACAACAACAACAGCAACAAGAAGAAGAAGAGGAACAAGAAGCAGAAGCAGAAGAACAGCCACAGCAAACGUCACUAAUAUAAAUGGUCGUCGUCCCUUCCGUCAUCGAGCGUCGUACGAAUGUCAUCACGUUUGGUUACCCACAUUCUUAGCUAAGAAAUAAAACAAAUAAAAACUCAA